GAGGGCGUUCCAGAAGCUGACUGGAAGGACGAGACUUCUCUCCAAGAUCGUCGCACGGAUGGACAGAUCACGAUCAUGACCGUUGUUGGCUAAGCGCAGGCACUCGGGCGCCGCGAAGGCGGGAGAUCCGGCGGUGUCGUGGAGGAUGAUGUCUUCCUCCGCGAACUCGUUGCUCACUCCGAAGUCGGCAAUCUAAAGGUUGCAUGGCACAAAAGUCGACAGUUAGACUCGGCGAUUCUGCGGUACCAAUUGCUUCACACGCAAAAGCCUGCUUAA